ACUCUCUCUCUCUCUCUCUCUUAUUUCCUUUUUCUCCCCUAUUUUUUUUUCCUUGUCCUUUUUUCUUUCCCUUCUUUUUUUUCUUUUUUCUCACCACUUUCUUUCGAUCCAAACAGAGCCUCCGGCCAUGGAAACUCAACCGCUACCACCCACUCCCUACUCUCGUCUGAAAAAGCGGGUCCGAUUUGCGGACCGUCUUUGUGAAAUCUUUGAGUUUGAUCAACAAUCCUCUUACCCUAAUAUGCUUGCUGAAUCCGCCGAUUCCACCUCCUUCAACGCAGACUCCGCCGGCUUCAACACCGCUUCGAGCGAUUUGUGCGCCCCCACUUCCACCUCCUGCGCUUCGGCUGUUCGACAUUCGAUUGCCGUAUCCACCUCCUGCGCUUUGGCUGUUCGACAUUCGAUUGCGGUUGCAGCUAAUUUUUCUGGCUUCAAGGUGACCUCUGUCAAUGCUGCUCGAGAAUUGUCAAGAUUAUUUUAUUUUUUAAAGCUGGAUAUAGAAUUUAAGUCGGGUCUCAGACCAACUUUGAGCACCUAAUUGGUUUUAAUUGUGACUUUAGAUUUUUUCAUUUAUUUUUUAAUCAGCAUAGUUUUUUUUAGAGCUUGUGUUCAUGAAUAGUCUAAUAACCCAAUCUGAAUGGUGCAUUGCCGGAUAGUUUGGCAAAUGUAAAUCAGCCUUUGAUUCACUAUAUAGUUCUCAAUUAAUCAAGCAUAUAAUUUUUCCCUAUAUUAUAUUUGGUAGUCAAUGUUCCAAUUAAUCAAGCAUAUAAUUUUUCUCUAUAUUAUAUUUGAUGGUCAAUGUUCCAAUGGUAUGC